GGCCAAGGUUGCGACCGAUGUUGGUGACUGACCGUUCGCUGCAUGGAGCUACCCUAGCGAUUUCAAACUGCCAGGAAGAUAAUCGUCGGGCCAUUAUGAGACUAGUAUUGAAGUCAGAGUUGCCUCGCAGGAAGUCGGCUUAUCACGUGGAUUCAUGGUAAGGCAGCAAUGUCCUAAUGGCGCCAGCAGCCUCACCCCCCUCUUACCCCUCUUUGCCACAGCUUUUAAGGCGAGACGCUGUCAACUACCGUACCCUUUCGCGUCUCCAUUUCAUUUGAAUCGAAAACUUCUGGUUUUAGGACCAAAAUAGGCUUUCAUGAAUACUUUGCCUUGAAAUUGUGUCCCACCAACCCCUGCUGCGGACAAUGUCAGAUCCGGAUCAGUACAAUGUGGGUUGGAUAUGUGCCUUACAGAUAGAAUAUGUCGCAGCCCGAGCUUUCCUGGAGAGGAGACAUGAUCCGCCAGAGAGACUUUCACGAAAUGACAACAAUCACUACACGCUGGGAGAAAUCAGGGGUCAUCAGGUUGUUAUCGCCGUUUUGCCAGAUGGAGAAUACGGGACAUCAUCCGCUGCUGGAGUAGCCAGAGACAUGGUCCACAGUUUUCCAAACAUCCGUUUUGGACUCAUGGUCGGGAUUGGUGGUGGGAUACCCACGAAACAUGACAUCCGUCUGGGCGAUAUCAUCGUGAGCUCACCUCAAAGAGGGUUGGGCGGCCUGCUCCAAUUCGACCUGGGCCAAGAGUUGCAAGGACAAGGGUUCCAUCAAACAGGGUUCUUGAACCAGCCCCCAACGAUCCUGCGUGCAGCUGUCACUGGGCUUCAAACACGAUAUGCGGAGGAGGGUAAUCAGUUGAAGGGAAGUAUUGGAGCCGUGCUUGAAGGCAAUAAACGGCUGAAGCGAAAAUACGCGCAACCCAAGACGGAUCGGCUAUAUUAUAGCGACUUUGCUCAUCCAGAUGUGGAGAGAAGCUGUGGCGAGGUCUGUGACCGUUCAAAGUUGAUUUUCCGACCCAAGCGAACCGAGGAGGAAGAUGACCCUGAUAUUCACUACGGCUUAAUAGCAUCGGGGAACAGGGUGAUCAAGGAUGCAACCUUCCGCGACCAGCUAGCCGCGGAGCGAGAUGUCCUAUGCUUUGAAAUGGAAGCGGCAGGAUUAAUGAAUCAUUUCCCUUGCUUGGUCAUCCGUGGGGUUUGUGACUAUGCCGACUCGCACAAAAGCGAGGAAUGGCAAGGUUGGGCUGCAAUGGCGGCAGCUGCAUAUGCAAGAGAUCUCUUGCGUGAGAUUAUCCCUCAGCAGGUACAGGCUGAGCGAACAGCCAAGGAAGUUUUGAAUGGAAUUCAAAGCCAACUUGACCAUGUGACCACGGGUGUCCAUGAACUUGUUUCAAUCACUAGCGGAUCAGCCCAAGAUAUUAAUGAUCUUGCCCAGCGUAUUGACCUAAAGGCGUUACCAAUUGCUGCCGGAGCUGAAUUCGGGACAUAUAUGAACCAACAUGAAGAAGAAUGCCUCCCAGGGACCCGAAAAGAGCUUCUCCUUGACAUUCAGAAUUGGGCUCUCUCAGACCAAGGAAAAUGCAUUUUCUGGCUAAAUGGUUCGGCCGGAACUGGCAAGUCCACAAUAUCCCGAACCAUAGCAAAGGCCUUUCAGAAACAAGAGUUGCUGGGGGCGAGCUUCUUCUUCAAGAGAGGUGAAGGAGACCGCGGCAACGCAACUCGCUUCGUUACUACCAUCAUCCAACAGCUCGCUGCAAAAAUCCCGGAACUACGCGCGUCUAUUAUACAGGUUGUUCGGGAUAUCCCCGGAAUUUCAGCCAAACCACUCAAGGAGCAAUUUGAUGAGCUCAUUUCCAAGCCACUCCAUAGCUUACAUGGAGCCAAAAUCCAGACCUCAUACCUAGUGAUUGUGAUUGAUGCCCUAGAUGAAUGCGAUAAUGAUAAAGAUGUCGCAGUCAUCUUCGAGCUCUUACUACAUGUUCAUAAAUUCAGCUCGCCCCGCUUGCGAUUCUUUAUUACCAGUCGACCCGAGCUGCCUAUCAGGUUAGGCUUCAGAACAGUUUGUCAUCACGAUCUAGUCCUUCACGAGGUACCCGAGCCUAUCAUAGAGCGUGACAUCUCCAUGUUCUUGGAGAACAAAAUUGUUUCAAUAAGGCACAAGCAAUCCCUCUCUUCAGACUGGCCUGGCUCUGUGAAUAUCCAAACACUUAUUAAAAUGUCAGUCCCGUUGUUUAUCUUUGCUGCCACCAUAUGUCGUCUUUUUGAAGAUUACAACCUGGACCGUGAUGAAUGCCUGAUGGAGAUCCUCAAAUAUCAGAACCAAGAGUCAAAGUUGGACAAAACAUACCUUCCAGUACUGGACCGCCUAGUUUCGAGAUACAGUGGGACAAGACAAUCGCAGUUAGUCCAAAAGGUCCGAGAAGUCCUUGGCACAAUUAUUCUUCUAGAGAACCCAUUAUCAGUUACGUCCCUCUCAAAGCUUAUGGGAAUCUCCAUGCAGUCAAUCAAUGCCAGUUUAAACUCGCUGCACUCAGUCUUGAAUAUACCGAAUAAUAAGACACUACCAGUGAGGCUCUUCCAUCUAUCUUUUCGAGACUUUCUUCUCGACUCCAGCACUCGCGAUAAAACUCCAUUCUGGAUUGACAAGAUGGAAAUGAACCAGAAAUUAGCAGACAGGUGUCUUUCUAUCAUGCACCAGAACCUCAAGAAGAAUAUAUGCAGUCUCGAAAGCUAUGGAACAGAGCGCAGCGAUAUCGAUCUCGAGUAUAUUAACUUCUAUGUACCACCAGAGCUGCAGUAUGCUUGUCGCUAUUGGAUCCACCAUCUGGCAGACUGUGAAAGCCCCAUAAGCUGGCGUGACAACAUACUGACGUUUCUAAACGAGCAUUUCCUCCAUUGGGUGGAGGUGAUGAGUAUACUGGGUGUCGUGUCCGAAGUUCUGGGAAGCAUUAGUACUCUCCAGAAAGUAUUACACGGUGGUGAGGGCUCUGAGAUAUCCGAAUUCUUACUUGAUGCCAGGAGGUUUAUCCUCAAGAAUAGUCAGAUAGCAGACAUUGCUCCACUGCAGAUCUAUGCUUCCGGGUUGAUCUUCGCGCCGGCGAUGGCAGUGACUAGAAGUAAAUUUGAAAGGGAGCUUCCUGAUUGGAUAGAGAGAGGCCCAAGGGUGGAAGAAACUUGGAGUCCAGAAUUGCAAACCCUGGAGGGCCAUUCAGAUUCGGUUGAGGUAGUGACCUUCUCAGCAGAUGGCCGGCUGCUUGCAUCCGGCUCUCAGGAUAAGACCAUCAAACUCUGGGAUCCCGCUACUGGUGCCCUCAAGCAUACCCUGGAGGGCCAUUCGGGUUUAGUUCAGUCAGUAGCCUUCUCAGCCGAUGGUCAGCUGCUGGCAUCCGGCUCUGAUGACACAACCAUCAAACUCUGGAAUCCUAUUACUAGUACCCUCAAGCAUACCCUAAAGGUUCAUACACGUGCGGUCCAGUCAGUAGCCUUCUCAGCAGAUGGCCGGCUGCUGGCAUCCGGCUCUCAUGACACAACCAUCAAUCUCUUGGAUCCCACUACUGGCGUCCUCACGCAUAAACUGUUGGGCCGUUCGGGUUUGGUUCAGUCAGUGGCCUUCUCAGCAGAUGGCCGGCUGCUUGCAUCCGCCUUUUCUGAUAGAACCAUAAAACUCUGGGAUCCGGCUACUGGCACCCUCAAGCAUAGACUGUGGGGUCAUUCAGGUUUGGUUCAGUCAGUGGCCUUCUCAGCAGAUAGCCAGCUACUAGCAUCCGGCUCUCAGGAUAAGACCAUCAAACUUUGGGAUCCGGCUACUGGCGCCCUCAAGCAUACCCUGCAGGGCCAUUCGGGUUUGGUUCAGUCAGUAGCCUUCUCAGCCGAUGGUCGGCUGCUGGCAUCCGGCUCUUCUGAUACAACCAUCAGGAUCUGGGAUCCUACCACUGGCACCAUCAAGCAUACCCUGGGAAGCCAUUCGAGCUGGGUCCGGUCAGUAGCCUUUUCAGCCGAUGGUCGGCUGCUGGCAUCCGGCUCUUCUGAUACCACCAUCAAGCUCUGGGAUCCCGCCACUGGCGCCAUCAAGCAUACCCUGAGGGGCCAUUCGGGUUUGGUUCAGUCAGUGGCAUUCUCAGCAGAUGGCCGGCGGCUUGCAUCCGGCUCUUCUGAUACCACCAUCAAGCUCUGGGAUCCCGCCACUGGCGCCAUCAAGCAUACCCUGAGGGGCCAUUCGGGUUUGGUUCAGUCAGUGGCAUUCUCAGCAGAUGGCCGGCUGCUGGCAUCCAUCUCUCAGGCCUUCGUCUCCUCUGAUCGGACCAUCAAACUCUGGGAUCCCGCCACUAGCGCCCUUAAGCAUACGGGCUAUAUGAGGAUAUCCGGCUCUACUGACAACACCGUCAAACUCUGGAACCCCGCCACUGGUGCCCUCAAGCAUACAAUCAACAUCAAAAGUCUUGUUAGAAACAUUGAAUUGUCCAAGAAGCUGCCCCACCUUAUCACUAACUUGGGAGCAUUGAAUAUCCAAGCCUGGCACGAAACCUUCUCGUCAAAUCCCCGUGAAACAAAGACGGAGUUAUCUUUGCACGCAAAUCGAUGGAUUGCUGUUGGUGGCCAAAAAGAGGUUUGGCUCCCUCCUGACUAUGAAGCCAUCUCUUUAGCAGUAAAAGAUGGCACCAUAGCAAUUGGAAGCACGACUGGAAGAAUUACAAUACCACAAGAUCUGAGGCUUCCGAUUUGUUGGGACUAUUUUGAGAAGAGGCCCUUUGUUGGGGGGGCGGAUUGGUUGAUGGAUGUGAUGUGUGAUGCUGAGGUUGUUGUAUCCUCCCAGCGUAUGCCUAGCUGGGUCGUGAUUAGUUCAUCACUUGUCGAAAGAGGAUAUUAG